AUGCGCCAUGCUCAUCUCAUUUGCCUGGCCCUAUUUCUCGUCUUUGUACGACGUGUACAGAGCUCUGAACAAAUCUCUGUUAUCGCUGUCGUCCUCGCCUGUGAACGCUCCUCUCACUUGAAGAGGACACUGCGCUCCCUUGCGAAAGCCACCGUACAGUCACCUGCUCUUCCCGUGUACGUCUCUGUGGACGAGCAUCCCAAGUCUUAUCGAGCAGUGCGAGCGGCAACGCUGGAACGGAACGUCAAGCAAGUAUGGCAGCACAUCCCAUCUGCAGACUAUCCCGCUCAAACCACUCGCCACCGCAUCGCCCGUCACUACCAUUUUGCGCUAUCGCAAGCUUUCGAUUCACGUGAGAAUGCCAACGUUUCUCAUGUCCUCGUUCUUGAAGACGACCUUUUAUUCGCGCCCGACUUUCUGGCGUACAUGCUCGCUGCAGCGAGGCACUUGACGAGGGCAGACAAAAAUGCCAUCGUAUGCGCUUCUGGUUGGAAUGACAAUGGGCGACACGAAACAGAUAUGCGGAGCGCCCGCCUGACCACUUCCUUCCCCGGCUUGGGUUGGAUGCUACCCCGUGCCCUGUGGACGGAUUAUUUGCGUCCCAACUGGCCCGGUGCUCCAAACUCCACCUCGACCAGCAUAGUGGGUAUUGGAUGGGACUUUUGGCUGCGUGUCGCCUUCGAGGCUCAUGGAUGGGCGUGCAUCACUCCAGCUGUUCCUCGUGUCUUCCAUUUCGGCGCCACUGGGUCCAACGUUGCAGCGCAAGAGACGGAGCAGCUCUUUGCGUCGUCACCGCUCGCGGACCUCCCUGCUGGCAGCGUUGAUUGGGAUGCAACCCUUUCAAAUGUCGCUGACAAACAGUCUACGGCAGAACAAGUGCAGGAAAGGCUUGUGAAAGGCCACCAUGUCAAGUCUUUUGAAGACGCCAAACGGCACAGUGCCACCGCACCAGUGAUGCCCUACUUGCGUGAGUCCUUUGCACAUUUCAUCGCCGAACCCUUAAAGCUAUGGCCAACUCCGCGUGGACAUUUCCACCACACUCUUCUCGUGCAGGUGGCACCCCAAAAAGAUUUGCUGUUGUACGACGCGCGCCGCGCGGCAAAGCAUUUCACGCUUCCUACGAAAAUUUUGGAUACAGGGGCCUUUCGUUUGCAUAGAGCUGGUCGAAAUGCAUCUUGUGAGCAGGAAUGCAGAGCGCUGGGAUUGCGUUGCUCGACUUCAUCUCUCGAAUUUGCGAAUUCAUGCGAGAGCCUGUCACAAGUGAUGCCGGAUGGCUGCCAAGGAGGGUGCGCAUAUGAGACUGGCAAUGACCUACCAGCUCGCGUCGACGACGAGGCGCCACUGCAAACAGCUGGGAUGUGCCUUAUCGCAGAGACUGGCGCAACCAAAGACGGCCGUUUGGAUUGCAAAGGGACCCACGAAUGGACAACUCGGAGCUGCGCAUGCGUCGAGGCGUUUGGGCGCGAGUUGAAGGACGAACUGAAAGACGAACUGUAAGGGGCGAGCAGUAGGAAGUGUGUGAGCUUUUUGGUCAGAAAGCAUUUCCAGACUUUGCAGGUUGGAUAACCGUUCGAUGGUACAGUAUGCGGUUGCUCUGAGGUAUGUCGUCUUCCAUAGAGCCGUACGGCACUACGGGCCCGUCCGAGGCUCUAAGGAAAAAAGUAGAAAGUUAUGAAGUUUAUUCCGUGCCUUCGACCUCGGCCGGUGCUCUUUUUCGUGGACUGGUCCGUUGAGACCCUUGGCGUUUUGUGUCUUGCAACUGAUCAUCCGGUUGAAAGUGUUCUUCCGUGAACCCGGGGUCAAUAUCCUCGGGCAAGCAUCGAUACCGCGGCAUACGCACGGCGGUGAAAUAGAGAUCAGGCCUACCACUGAGGCCGAGAUGCGGCGAAGCCACGAGGUGCCCCGCAGUGGACGCGCCGGGCACCUUUUGGAAGACGGCUGGGAGGGCGCGAAUACACUGAAACGGGAUUUGAAACCCUUUUACGCGGGAUACGGAACUGGUGAUGCGCUCCCAGUCGACCCUGCGAAUCUGGCGGACAUACAACUCGGUGUCUGUCAGGGCGGACUGGAGCUGCUCGUCCUGGGCGCGCAGGGCGGCAAGCAUGACGUCGGUUGGGGAAAUGGGCGGGUGCCCCUCGUCGAGGUUGGUGAUCGGGGCGGCUGACAUGACGAAGCGGUUGUCCCAGUACACGCCGGCGCCGUCGGUGUCCGUGGGGAUGGGCAGGCUCGACCAGUUGCCGCGCAGGCGGCGCGACUUGAGCGGGCCGGACUCCUGGUCCGGCUCGCGCGUGAAGAUCAUGAGGUCGUCGGGACAGUCGCGAAAGUCAGUGCGGAAGGCAUCGACCAGGGACUUUGCGCGCUCGCGCGGGCGAUGGCGCAGGGCGCGGCGGUCGGCCUGGGCGAGGCGCUUCGCGAAGCGGCCGGUGGCCGGGCGGACAACAAUGCCAGCGGCA